UCCAUAAUUUGGCUUGCCAACGGACACGAACAUAACUAGAAUGUCAUCGACCAUCUCGGCUGACCUUCGUGGUGGCCGAUUAAUUCCCCAAUCCAAGAUCAAGUCAAUAGGUUGCGGCGGCCUUGCGGGGUGACGUAACGCCGCCUGCCAUCCUCGGCGCGCGCGACUACACUACCGACCGAGCGUGAGCGCGCGCACCCGUAAACAAACAUUUAAAAUUCGAACGAUCUUCUUUUUAAAUUUUUAAAUUAAUUUCCUUAAUCCCCUUUACGUGUCAUUUAAUUUUGUGCCAGUGUCGUGUAUCGAUGUGAAUGUGAUAUUGUCAUGUGAUACCGAUGUGUGCUGCUGUCACUGGAGACUGAUUGAUUGGAAAACAAACGACGAUCGGUCUGCUACACAAUACAGUCGCGAAUCUGGCAUGACAUCUUACUGGGAAACAUGACGAGAAAAUUCCUCUUUUGUUUUCCCCUGCGGGCAGGAAAUAUUGUUUUUGGAUACAUUGUUAUUACGAUAUGCAUAGCGGUGAUCGGCUACAACCUAUACGAGCUAGGUCUCACUCUCAUCUCGCACGAGAACGAGCAUGACGACCGCUUCAGAAACUUCGAGAACCUCGAAAGCAUCUUCGGGACCUCGAAGACCGAGCUGGUCCGGACCGUCAGCAUGGCGUACAGCAUCAGCUACAUCAGUAUAGGACUCGCGCUAUUACUGUUUGCUGUUUUAUUCACUUGCGGUGCUUAUAAGUUGGCGGGUGAAGAAUAUCUAUGCCAUGCAUGCUACUGUCAUAUGUGGGAACGAAUAAACCAAGACAGUGCACAACCACUGUCUGCAACGAUGGGACUCAACGUGUGUGUUAUAUGUAGCAAGUCAAUUUUGGGAAUAAGGAGUCGCAAGCUCCUGGGAACAGAGAAGUCCAAACGAGGAAGAAUUGUUGCUUAUACUAUUGCAGAAUGGAUUCACCCUCGUGAGCUACAACCAUCCGAUGGAGUGUGCAUACCAUGCUGGUUACGAGCAAAGCGAGCCACAAAUAAAAGUCAACAAAAUAAUCGAGCAGAAGUAGUGCAAGAGAGAUCAUCUAACACAGCAACUGCCAACCAGUGCUUAGUGAGCACUUUCUUCGUGUACAGUUUCUUCCACCUGUUCUUCAGCGUGGCGCUGAUCGUGUGGGAGGCGCUGUCCGCCGGCUGGAUACAGCUGGGGCUCAUUGCACUCUUUGAUUUUCUCCUGAUAGUUUGCCUGUUCAGCGUAAAGUAUCUCAUGGAGGCGAUCCGCACUGGCCACAUCUACAGCCGCCCCGGGGAAGUGCUCUACAAGUAUUGACAUUAAUAAGAUACACGUUAUAGAACAAUAAGAGAGACAUCUUCUUAAAAU